UAAAGGGAAAGCAAGCAGGCAGUAGUAGUAGAGUAGUAGUAGCGCAGUAGUGAGUUGUUAGUAGUAGUGGUGAAAGUAGUAGUAGUAGUAGUAGUACCAGGGCUAGUGCUCGACGGAAGACGGACGAACCAACACCACCGACAGCAGCAAGGACCAUGGCCACUCGAGCCGCCGCCGCGGGGCCUUCGGCGUCCUCGGGUGGGGGCAGCUCAGGGUCAGGAGGAGGAGGGGGAGGUGACAAAGACGCAUUCAAUGCGGCGCUGCGGUCCCGUCAGCCGUCCAACUCGUACAUGGAGCACCUCAAGAUCUGGGAGACCGUCGAGGGGGGCGAGCGCAAGGCCCGCUACCUCAUCCUCGCCGUCCAGCGCGACACGGGCCGGGUGACGAUCAACAAGGCCAAGCGCAACGGCAAUGGGAGCUACAGCAUCGGCAAGGACUGGGACCUGAACCUGCUUCGCGAGGUCAUCGUCGACGAGCCCCAGCAUUUCACCAUCACCCUCGCCAGGUCCAUCAGCUGGCAGACGGAGAGUGCGCGGGACCAGUCGCGCUUCCUCACCAAGAUGGUCCGAGUCUACCGCAAGUACACGGGCGACGACAGCCUGCCCCGCUGCGUGGGCCUGGACCAGGGUCUCCAGCCGCUGGCGCCCGUCAGCUCCUCGUCCUCCUCGUCGUCGUCUUCGGCUGCGACGGUGAUUCCCUCGAUCAACACCGCGAUGCUGGGCACUUCCGACCCGGCGCAGCCGAGCCAGACAUCGCCCACGCGGUCACGGUCGAGCUCGAGGCAGGCGGGGGGGCAUGCGCCCCAGGAUGCCUUCUACGACCCCCGGGCCAACAACAGCAAUGCCACGCCGUCGCCGCUCCCACCACCCUCGGCGAGGUCCGUCUACUCCAACGGCACCGCACCCAGCACCGCACCCCUCCGGCCACGACCACCGUCGCGCAAGGAGAGUGACCCGUCCGCGAUGUCCUCGUCGCCCUCGGUCAACGGCAGCCUCGCCAUCCCACCACUGGCCAGCCCGGCAGUGUCCAGCGACGCCGAGCUGCCCGUCGUGCAGUCGCCAGCAGAGGAAAAGGAGAUGCUGCUAGAGGACAAGAUGAUAAAGGAGGAGAAGAAGGAAGAGAAGGAGGAGGAGGAAGAAAGCAGAGCGACAAAGGCGUCCACAACAGUGGCCAAGCCUCGGACGAGACCGCCCAGAUCCCGGCCCUCGGCUUCCUCGUCGCUCUCGGUCAGCAGCCAGGGCGGCGACGCCAGGGCCCGGCUCAGCUCCAUCGAGCCCGUCAGGGGUGGAGCUGCGUACGAGAAGAUGCUCCUGGCUGGCACAGGCCUGCGCGGCGUGGCCGAGGGUGAGGAGGAUGAGGAGGACGAGGAGACGGCGCGGGCGAGGGACGAGGCAGCGCAGACGGCUGAGCCAGACGACGUCCUGGCCAACCUCAAGGCGACGGCAAAGAGGCCGCCGGCCAAGAGCGCCACCAACGUCGGCGACAUCACCACCAGCUCUGAGGUCGGGCAGCUCGACGACGAGGACGACGAGGACGCGACGCUGCUCAACGUCGAGGAGAUGCUGGAGGGCUUUGAGUGGUCUACCGGCGCGCGCGUGCAGGGAAAGCGCAUCGGUGGUGGUGCCAAGGGCACAGCCGACGUCAUUGAGGCCCGCCUCCUCGACGAGCUGGCCGCCCUCGACGCAGCCAACAUCCACGCCAUCAUCGAGUCCGACGACCGCGUCAAUCUCGUCGUGGGCCACAUGGAGGAGGCCCUCAACCAGCUCGACGCCAUCGACAGUAUGAUUGCCGGCUUCAAGGUGCAGCUCAACUCGCGCGCAGACGACAUCUCCCACAUCGAGGGCCAGAACAGGGGCCUGCAGGUGCAGACGAGCAACCAGCGUGCGCUGUAUGCCGAGGUCGAGAAGCUCCUCAGCACCGUUCACGUCGACCAGGCGGCCGUCGAGGCGCUCCUCCAUGUGCGCCUGGACUCGGACGAGGGCAUUGCCGAGGCCGAGAUGGCUGGUGCUGCGCUGUACAAGGCCAUGCUCCAGGCCAAGCGCACCGAGGACGAGAUGCGGGGCGCGGCGGGCGCGGGCGACCAGCAGCAGGGAGGCAUGGCGGCCGCCACCGAGAGACUGUCCGAAUACACCGAGGUGGCCGACCGCUUCGCCAAGCGGCUCCUUGACUUCCUCACCGACGCAUUCAACCGCCAGACGGACAUGAUCCUCUCGGAUCCCAAGCGGCGCGCCAACAAUGGCAUGAUGGACCACGCCGUCGUCGAGGAUCUACUGGGGCGCUACUGUGGAUUGAUCCUCUAUGUCAAGGAGGUCAGCCCUGCCAUCUUCUCGAGGAUUUCGGCGGCCUACUUUGCCAGUGCUAGCGAGCGGUACAAGGGUGAGAUGACGAGGGUAUUUAGCGCGUCAAAGCAGGCUGCGCAGCGAGCGACGGACGAGGGCGAGGUGGACAACGUCGAGGCGAGCAGCUUCUCUGCCUCAGGCCAGGCCGCCAUGGGUGCGGGCGGUGGCGGUCCAGGCGCAGGGGCGGGCGUGACUGCGCUCAGGAGCAACACCAUUCGGCGAAUCGGCGGUGGCAGGACCCGCAACCAGCUGCAGCAGCGGUCGCGAAAGGCGGGCGCAGCCUCGUCUGGCAGCGAGUCCUUUUCGAGGAUCCUGUUCCAGAUUCUGCCCAUCGUCAGCAGGGAGCAGGCGUUCGUCUCGGACCUGCUCCAUAUCAACGACAAUGCCGUCACCUUUGCCGACUACAUGGACCUCGAGCCAUUCUUUAGGCGCAGAGCCGCGGCGAUCUUCUCGUUGUCGGAUCAGUACCAGCAGGCGGGUGGGAUGGGCGGCGGUGCGCCUUUCAGAGACAUGAAGGGCGCCCUCGAGCUCAUCUUUGGCUUCCUCGGCCCCGAAUGGCAGGGUUUCGCCGAUGCCGUUCUCGGUCGCGACAGGGGGCAAAUAUUCGGUAUUCUGGCAGCGCUCGAUCGCGCCAUUGUCCUGUCCGAGACGCUCUCCAACGACUAUCUGCUCCGCGCCCUGCAGAAGCUGCACAUGCGUCUGGCCUCUGUCCUCGACCGCUUCAUCGGCGACCAGAUUCGCGCCGUCGAGCAGACGAAGCUGAGCGUCAAGAAGCGACGGGGCGUCACGUACUUUAUCCGCGUCUUUCCCGUCUUUGUCGACCGCGUCGAGUCGCAGCUGCUGGCCGUGUGCGCUGGGUCGAGCGAAGAGAUGCGCAAGCUCAACAUCCGCCGCGCCGUCGAUGGCUACUACGAGCAGCUGAGCAGCACCAUGUUUGAUGCGCUCCAGGCCAUGGCCGCCUCGGCCACGUCGUCGUCGACGGCCAUGAUGUCUGGCGAGGACGAGGACAAGGGCCUGCUGAACCACCACGUCAUCCUGAUUGAGAACAUGCACUUCUACGUCACAGAGGUCGGCCGCCUGCUGCGGAGGCGCACGAGGAAGAGCACCCGGCGCGCCCUUGUCCCCUGCGUUCGACGCGCCCACCACAUCCUCGAAGACUCGACGCUGGCCUAUGUCCACUCUGCCCUGCGCCGACCAUUAAGCAAGAUGAUGGACUUUGGAGACGGCAUCGACGGCCUGCUGCGGAGCACGCCGCCAGGCGAAGUGAGCCUGCACAGCGCCUACAGCAAGUCGGCCGCCAAGCGGCUCAUCAAGGAGUACGGCCUCAAGGACGUGCGCAAGAGCAUCGAGGUGCUGGCCAAGCGCGUCGCCAAGCACUUUGAAAACGACGCAGACGCCGCCGACGAGGCCGACUUUGGCGAGUGGCGCGCGGCCCAGAUGCAGGCGCACGACGACGAGGGCGGCGGUGUGGGUGCUGAUGUCGACGAGGACGGCGUCGAUGAGGAGGCCGAGGAGCUCCUGGGCGAGCUCGAAGAGCUGCUCGGGCACGAUGGCGUCAGCGGUGGCGGCGGCAGUGGCGGCGGGGGUGGUGGCGAAGUGCUAGAGAAGGUCUGGAGGGCGUGCGAGGAGGGCUUCGUGGCCGAGACGGAGCGACUGGGCCGGAUCCUGCGCGACUGCUACGCAACCCAGGGAUUCAGCCUCGAAUUUUCGUUGGACGAUGUCAGGCGCUUCUUUGCCGCCGCCAGCCCCAUGCUGCAGGGCAACGCUGCAGGCGGCGGUACGAGGCGUUGAAGAAAGGCACUGUACUUCUCUCCCUUCUAUGGACUCCCCCCUCAACAAUUGUUCAAUUCAUUGCAUUAUCUUCAGAC